UUUUUUUUUUUCUCAUACAAGGUCGUAGCAAAAACUAGAAUAUGUUAAAUAGUUCCUCUUCCAUAAAACAAGACCUGGAUGACAUCACCGGGGAACAUAAUGAAACCUCAACUAUACAAGUGGACAACAAAGUAACAACGGCAAACACUGAUAGAACAACUGAUGAAAUACAAAUACAUUUGGAAGAGACCAGUUUGUCAUCAACACCACAACAACAUGAUAGUGAUGUAAUCCCGAAUACUACAAUUACUGACGAUGAUAAUAAGAAGAGCUCUCAAGAACAACCAACAAUGGUAUCAACAGACAACAAGGAAAACUCUUCGAAACAAACAGUACAAUCAUUAACUUGUCAUGACAACGACUUUGAAAACACAGAUGAUCAACGUUCUCAAGAACAUCAACAGACAUUAGAUCAGGAAUACCUUGUGAAGACUAUUGCCUGGACCGAUCCGAAAACAAAGACCGAACGACCAGUUAGAAUCAUUACUCAAAAUAAAAAUGGUCCAUGUCCUUUGGUGUCUAUUUGUAAUGUUCUCUUUAUUCGUGGUGAUAUCAGUGUUCGACCUUUUGAGAGGGAAACUGUGACAUUUGAAUAUUUGAUGGAAUGUCUUGGUGAUUAUCUUUUAAAUCAUGCUCCUUCCGAUGAAAAGACUGUAGAAUCAUCAACAAUACAAGAGCCACUAUCAUCUUCUCCUAUUGAUGAAUCUCAUGAAAUACCAAUGAAAUCAACUUCUAGUCGGCAAUCUACUAUGGAAUAUGUCCUUACCUAUCGCCAUAAUUUGGAAUCAGCUCUAACUAUUCUUCCAAGACUUCAAGCAGGAUUAGAUAUCAAUGUUCAAUUCUCCUCUAUAUAUGAUUUUGAAGCUACUGCAGAAUUGGCACUUUUUGAUUUAUUUGAUGUGAAUUUGGUACAUGGAUGGAUUCCCGAUCCUCAGGAUGAAGAAACAUAUCGCGUAGUACAUGAAUGCAAAUCAUACAAUGGAUUAGUGGAAUGCGUAGUACGGGGGAAUGAAGUAAAUUUGGAAACUAGUUCUUUGUUAGAUAAUGUUGAACAACGAAAGAAAAAGGAUCAAGCAGAAACCAGAAUACAUGAUGGACUAGUGGCAUCUACUUAUUUACAAGAUACUGCAACACAACUUACAUAUUAUGGAAUUGAAUUGUUGAUGGAUACACUACCUCAGAAUACUUUAUGUGUCCUAUUUAGGAAUAACCACUUUUCAACUUUAUAUAAACAUCCCAUUACCAAUCGAUUAUAUACUUUAGUGACUGAUUCUGGUUUAGUAUCUGAAUCUCAAGUGAUAUGGGAAACUCUAGGUGAUGUAGAUCAAGGAACAUCUGAAUUUGUGAAUAGUCAAUUUAUCCAACCUUUGUCAACAAGACCUUCAUCAAGUGCCCGACAAGAACAAGAAAAUCGUGAAACAGCUGAUUUGGAUUAUGCCAUUGCCCUUUCUUUACAACAGCAUCAACAAGAUAAUAUUAAUCGAACAAGUCCUAGUGUUAGUAGUACAAAUACCCAUGUUAGUCAUAGUAUCUCAUCCAAGAAAAAACAUUGUAUAAUAUCUUGAAAUUAAAAGGAAAAAAAAAAAAAAACUAGUUUAUCUUACUUGUUUGCCAAAAGUGGUAACCAAAUCAGGGACCAAUAUUUUCUUAUGUCAGGAAAAUGGAUCCACACAGAUCAAUCGGAAUGGAAUCGAAUGGAAUUCAUAUCAAAUAGAGUUAGUAUCUUCCGACAUAUUAUUAUAAAAAAAAAUAAGUGAUGUCAUUUCAUUAAAGAUUUGCAAGAACUUAGUAAUAUUUCUAUCAUAACAUGCG